AUGCGUUUUCCCACCAAGGAGAAAAAUUUCCGGAAAGAGCGGCGAGUGGAUCGUUCUACAAGAACUUUGUCUCUAGAGACGGAGAAGCAGAACAGUGUCACUCAUCAUCACCAUCAUCAUCGUCCAAAGCGACGACGUCGCCCUCACUCGAGAAAAAAAGCAACUGCCAAAAACAGAAGUAGGAACAGGUACGAGGAAGAGGGAGAAACAGAGAGCGACAGCAAUGAUAGUGAUGGUCAGACAAGGAGCGGCAAAAUACGACACAGAACAAACGAAAGCGCAGGGAGAGGUGACAGGAAGCAUCGAUCUCGAUCCUCCCGAUCUCGAUCUCGAUCCUGCGAUCGACUCAUGAACAAGUGGAAGAAACGAGCCAUCGACAAAACUAGGCUCAGACCCAUCAUGGAUGACAGUCGACUGAAAGACAACGUGCUGAUGCGCAAACUACUGCAAUCAGAGUCGCUGGGCGUUGGAGACGGGGCGAAAACAGUGGCGGACAACACGUCGGACCUGAGCUGUGAGGUCGGUUCACUGUCAACGGUCUCCAGCCCCGACUACACCUUCCUGGAGCGCAUGCACCCCCCUCAGGAGCAACAGGAGAAAGACUGUAGCGACGACAGUGAGAUAGAGGUCAUCAUCCCCCACAAACCCCCGCCGCCUGUCAUUGAGUUGGACAGUGACGGUGAGGUGGAUGAGGUGGUGGUGGAGGAGGAGGAUGAGGAGGAGCCGGCACCUGGGCCUCCGCAGCAACGCGCCUCCUCGGAUGUCGCCCUGCGCGACGAGGACGAUCUGAACGCCCUAAACCUGCGGGCGAUCGCUCUCAAGUCGGCCAUGUUGAGAAAGUAUCAGGAUCGUGUCGAGCGAGGAGAUCGCCAGUCGGCCAUGAGGGAAAUGAGAUUACAACAGCGGCAAGCUCGUCUGUCGGCCAUGAGGGAAAUGAUAUUAGAAGAAGAGCAGAAUCCCCAGGAGCAAGAACACAGUUUACAAGGUGCUCUCGCUGAAAGGCGACAUGACAAAUAUAUGAGGCGGCAGUUGGGUCUAAAUAAUCCCAUCUCAAAGUGCAACUUUACCGACUUAAUCACCAGCUCUGAAGAGGAUGAUGGGGAGAGGGACUCCUACCACCCCUCCAACCGCACUUCCCCCAUGUCGCCGACUAGCAGCUACAACUUUUCGCCCACCCAGGAGUGUCACACCGAACAGGACAUCGAUAUCGACGAUCCGGACGAGAAUGUCGAGCAACCGAGGAUCGUCGAACAAACCUAUGAUGGAAGCAACAACGCGUGGUUUACGGAUUUGGGGCCGCAACCGCUGCCGCCUGGUGUGGACGUUUCCAAUUUGCCGCCCGAAUUUUCGGAUUCGGUGUUGGGUGCUCCUCCACCGCCACCUCCUCCUUUGCCGCCCCCUCCUCUGCCGCACCCGGACGCCGAUCACAGAUUCGGGUUUCAAGGCGGGUUCCCACCCCUCAACUACUUCAAUCAACACCCGCACACGUUUGUGGGGCCACAUUUUGGACCUGUGCCGCAUCCUAAUGAGCCCACCUCACAUGUAGGACAAAAUUUUGGACCAGUGCCGUAUCCUAAUGAACCAAGCUCACAUGUAGGACAAAACUUUGGACCAGUGCCGCAUCCUAAUGUACCCACUUCACAUAUGGGACAAAAUUUUGGACCAGUGCCGCAUCCUAUUGUACCCUCCUCACAUAUGGGACAAAAUUUUGGACCAGUGCCGCAUCCUAAUGUACCCUCAUCACAUAUGGGACAGAACUUUGGACCAGUGCCUCAUCCUAAUGAACCCUCCUCACAUUUAGGACAAAAUUUUGGACCAGUGCCGUAUCCUAAUCUACCCACCUCACAUCUGGGACAAAAUUUUGGACCAGUGCCACAUCCAAAUGAUCCCACCUCACAUGUGGGACCCAAUUUUGGAUCUAUGCAGAAUCCUGACGAAACUAUGCCACAUAUGGGAUCCAGUUUUGUACCUGCUGAACCUACUAUCCCACCACAUAUGUUGCCUCAGUCUUCUUUCGAUAACAUCCCCUCCACAACAACCCUCCCGUUGCAUACUAGGAGAACAAUGGAAAACGAGUCAAGCCUUCCUAGCGUAAGACAGCUUGAACAUUGUUCUGUUAGUGGAGAAGAUAAACUGUUGAACAUCACUAAAACAAUCUAUACGAACAGUAACAGACAGCUGGAGCCAUGUGUGGUGGCCAAUCAGAGACAAAAGAAGGUGUGCGCUGCCAAUCAGAUCACCAAUCUGAACCAAUUGGAGCGCUUUAUCAACAAUCAGAGACCAUUGGAACUUAGGGCCAAUCAGAGUACUAAUUUGGAACAGUUGACAACCAAGCAGAGUACCACUCACCAGAGACAGCUGGAGCAUAGUUUUGCAACCAGCAGUGGCAAUCAAACCAAACAGAGUAGCAAUCACCAGAGACAAGUGGAGCAUAGCGGUGGCAAUCAGACCAAUCAGAGUAGCACUCACCAGAGACAAGUAGAGAACUACGGUGGCAAUCAGAACAAGUCUGUUCUGCGGACAAUCUACUCGAUGAGCCGGCAGUUGGAGCCAUGUGUGAUGAGCAGUGCCAACCAGAGGCAAUUGUCGGAGCAAGCCAGCACCAACCAGAGGCAAUUGACGGACCAAGCCACCACCAACCAGAGGGAAUUGUCGGAGCAAGCCAGCACCAACCAGAGGCAAUUGUCGGAGCAAGCCAGCACCAACCAGAGGCAAUUGUCGGAGCAAGCCACCACCAACCAGAGGCAAUUGUCGGAGCAAGCCAGCACCAACCAGAGGCAAUUGUCGGAGCAAGCCAGCACCAACCAGAGGCAAUUGUCGGAGCAAGCCAGCACUAACAAGAGGAAAUUGUCGGAGCAAGCCAGCACCAACCAAAGGCAAUUGUCGGAGCAAGCCAGCUCCAACCAGUUGGAGACCCUUGUGCCAACUGUCAGACAAGAGUGCGCCGCCUCAGUUGAGGAGGAGGGCAGUAAUUCGACUGGUGUUUUGGAGAAAAAUCAGAGCUCAGAUGUCGGAGAAGUUGAAAGUUGUGUGUUUGAAGUGGGAGAUGAAGAGGAUACUGAUACUGACGGUACAUGUAAUACAGAUGACGAGAACGAAGAGCGGCUCAGAGCGAAACUGUUGACUGCCUUGUUGCAAAAGAAAGGCAAGUCGGAUAGAAUGCAGAUGGACACUGGGGAUGAGAGUAGUAAAUCGUCUAGUCGGGAGCCUAGUUUGUCUAGGAAGAAACCCAGUUCCGAACCGGUGGACAGAGAAGAUGUAGUCAUGAAUGAGGAGAGUAGUAGUAGCUGUGGAAGAAGCACCAACGCAAGCGAUCCCAUUCAUAAAAGGGAUCUAUCUGACUUCAUUGAUACAAUUCGUGCCACUGCAAGUAGUGAUGUCAUUCAUGAUUCUUCAUCGCGUCCCGUUUCGCUAGCUACAACGAAGGCAGUGCCCCCACCCAAUCGUAUUGUGAGUAAUAGAAUCGUGAAAGUGAACAGCGCUGGCAACCAGAAUCUUGAGAGAGUUGUGGUGCAAAAUAGAGGUGCUAAAAAGAGGAUUACAACUGUGCCUAGACAGAGUACAGCUGUGGCUAGACAGAGUACAGCGAUUACACCUGCGACUAGACAGAGUACAGCAGCUCAGGAGGACUCGAACAAGUUUAUCAUCCGAAUCGGAGAAGAUUCUGAGGAGUCGAACGGUGAAGAUGAGGAGAAUGGUAGAGUUUGGAGACGUAAGGUGAUAAUGGCCGCGGAAGAGGAAAAGGAUUCUUCAGUGUCAACUGCAGCUGCAGAUCCUUAUUCAGUGGAAAUGGACAGGAGUAUAGACAAACUCCUGGAAGAGAUGCGCAGAAACCACGAGGUCAAUGAGCCCUCGACAUCCGCAGCCAUAUUGGAAAAGUCUAAACCGACUACAGUGAAAGUUGUAGCAGGUGCCAAGGGCGUCUUGAAAAAGGGCGCCGUCCCAAAAAGCGCCUCACCCAAGUUGACAGCACCCCAGGCGACCACUUCCACUCAAGUGUCUACUCCUGCGGCGGUGAAGCAUCUACCAAAAUCGGCACAGGAAGAAUACAGACGCCUGAAACAGGCAAUGGUCGUCAGAGAGAGACAGAAACGAAUGGAGGCCGUACGUCAACGGCUGUUGCAGAAAAAUAGACAAGUUGCCGCAACUAGUUGCCCAACAUCGGCUGCCACUGCAACAAGCCGCAUGACUCCGACUGUUACUGGGGCAUGCGUUACAAUCAAUUGCGUAAAUCCGCCUGUUACUGCAGCGAUCGCUGUAACUAGUUGCGCGACUCCGCAAUUUGCAGCAACAUCUGAUACAAUGUCACCUGCUAACACUACAGUUGCCGCAACUAAUAUUCAAACUGCAGCAACAGUUGCAAAUAAUGUGUUUGGUAAAGAGAAAGAUUGUCAGAGUAUAUCAACAAUCGUUCUAAGUGAAGAAGAAAGUCGUCCACCUGUUGCAAAAGUUUCUGAAGAAGGUAUUUCAACUAAUAUGAUAAGCUUUGAAAACGUUUUGGAAAGUGUAACAUCAAGUGCAGCUGAAAAAGAAAGAAGUUCUCCACUUGUAACUUUGGAAGAAGGUAUCACAACUGUAGAAACUAAUGUGGCAAGUAUUGAAAACGUUUUGGAAAGUAUAUCAUCAAGUGCAGCUGAAAAUGAAAGAAGUUCUCCACUUGUAACUUUGGAAGAAGGUAUCACAAGUGUAGAAACUAAUGUGGCAAGUAUUGAAAACGUUUUGGAAAGUAUAUCAUCAAGUGCAGUUGAAAAAGAAAAAAGUUCAUCACUUGUAACUUUGGAAGAAGGUAUCACAACUGUAGAAACUAAUGUGGCAAGUAUUGAAAACGUUUUUGAAAGUGCAGUUGAAGAAGAAAAAAGUUCUCCACUUGUUGCUACGGAAAAAAGCUCCACUAAUGCUCAAUUAUUAUCUUCUGUGAUAGAGGAAAAAGAAAGCUGUACAAUUGAAUCUAGAAGCUCUUCAAAUGAUAGAGAAACUUGCCCAGCUACACCAGGUGUAGUGACGGAUGAAGAUAGCCAAUCAACGAGUGUCUUGGAGGGGAGUGAAAGUUGUCAGAAUAAAUCAAGUAGCCCUCAAGUUGAUGGGGAAAGUUGUGCAACUCCACAAUUGCCUGAAAUAGUAGCUGAGAAAGAGUGUUCAAAUUCUGUUUCUGUUGUUGGAAAAAGUUCACAAUCGCCUGCAAUAGUAGCUGAGUGUUCGAAUUCUGUGACUCUUGAUAGAAAAAAUGGUUCAGUUGUUGUGUUGGGAGGAAAUAAAAGUUGUGAGAUUUCUCCAUCCGCAGCGAUAGGUGAAGAAAGUUGUAAACCUGUAACAACUUCGGAAGAAAGUUGCGUACUAGCUGUUUCGAGUAGUGAAUUAAGUUGCAAGGUAACGUCGAAAAAAUCAGAUGAAAGUUUAAUAAGUGAUGAGCAAACUUUCCAAUCUGCAUCUUUGAAAGAAGCAGAGAAAAGUUGCCAAAGUUUACUGCUGGAUGCAGCAAGUUUUGAGAAAAAUUGCGUAACUGCAUCAAGUAGUGCUGAAAAAAGUUCCAUAAGUGUAUCAAGUAGUGAAAAAAGUUGCCAAACUACACCAGCGAUGGCCGAUAAAAUUUGUAUGACUGAAUUUGACGGGUUUUCUGCUGAUAAUUCAAAAACGUCCUCUUCCUCGAAUCUAGCUGCAGCUGAACACAAACUAAUUUCUACAAGAUACUCGGCAGUGGACAAACUGACGGAGCUGGCUCGCGAUCAGCGCGCGGAGACCGAUUGCAGAGAGCGCGUGGCGCGGUUCGUGCUUCAGCUGCGCGCCGAACGUGCCGAACUAGCGCGCCUCGAAAAGCGUGUGGAGCGGCGAGCGAGCAUCGGUCAGCUCGCGCACUUCCAACGGCCGGUCAAGACCUUUUACGAGACAGAAGCAAGAGCGUCCUGCUGA